AGGUUACUUAAAAUCGUUCAGGAAAAGUAAUAUAUCACCUCGGCACAAUACUGCCGAGCGUUCAAGAAUACAACAAAACAUUACCUUGGGUCUUCCCAAAUCGCCAUGCUCUCGAGUGCGGUAAGAAUAGCCACGCUUGCGUAUUAAAUGUUGUUCGAGUUUUCCACCGUCACCGGGCACCGGUAUGGUUUAAGGUUAGAUUAGCAAUUUAUAGCACUAACUGUUUUGUGGUUUGUUUUCUAAACUUGUGUAAACAUGGAAAUGGACAGUUAUGCUUUUUUCGUCGUUAAUGACGAGCCUGUAAUCAGUGACAAUAAAAUUUGCUUGCAGAAUGUAAAUGAUGGAAGCCUCACAUUGGUGUGUCUAACACCAGAAAUUGUGGAUAUUCUUGGGAACACUUUCCCUAACUACCAGCCUGCAGGACCUUCAUCAUUGUCUCAGUCUCCGUCGCCCCGAGCAAGCGCAUCGGCCCUUGCCACAAGUAUUCAGCCGAAGGAUACAAAAGGAGAAAAACUCUGGUCAAAAGCUGCAACAGUACUACUUAUUGAUCUCCGCAGCAAAUUUAGCAAGGAGUUUAAAUCAACCACGUUAAAGAAUGAUCAAGUCUGGAACUUGGUUUCUCAAGAAAUGAACAAUAAUAGCUUCCCAUUUAGUGGACAACAAUGCCGUGACAAAUGGCAAUAUCUUAAAAAACGGUACGUUAAAAAACGCGAUAAUAUGGGACCACGAGGCACAGGUGAAGAUGUAUUUAAAUUUGAAUAUUUUGAUGAGAUGGAUGCCCUACUGCGAAACAAACACUCUAUAACACCACCUGCCAUUGCAUCAUCAAUAAAGGGCACCACAAAAGUAUCUGAACAAAGUGAUGAAGAUGUACUAGGCAGUGAGACAGAUGACUGUGAACCGAGACCCGCCAAGCAAAAGAAACUUUUACAAAUUAAGAAAAAAAAAGAUGUUAUUACACAAUUUCUAAGUGAUUAUAAAGAAGAGAGUCAGCAGAGGGAAUUGAAUCGUGAAAAGAGACACAAGGACAAUAUUGAAUCACGUGACAGGGCCAUAAAUGUUUUCUCACAAAAAAUGGAUGCAUUAAUUGCGAAACUUGACAAUAAGGUAGUGCAUUAAGUUUUACAGUAAUGGUAAUUUUUCAUGCUGUGAAAAAUAAAGAAAAUAAAAUAAUUGAACGUCCA